CACAUCUACCACUAGGCCUCACAACACAGACGGGGAUUUGCAAAAUAAACAGUCCCCAGCUGAAGGACAUGAGCCGCAGUCCAGAGAGGAUGUCUUCAUACCGCCGGCACUUCGAGGGGAUCCCUGCGGCUCCUCCUGCCUGCAAGCUCCGGGUGUGCAGUCCGUCUCCCACCCGGAGGGAGAGCCGACACCGGUCUGCAAGCUUCACCCGGAGUGGGACGAUGGGGCGCAGAGCCGUCUCCAACAAGUCUCGCAUGACCAGCAGUGCGAGUAUGGGAGCGCUGUGCUUUGGCAUGUCCAUGGGGCUAGGGCCAAAACUGGACCUGGAUGCGGCCGCAGCAGAUAACCAGGCCUUUAUGACGACCCGCACCACUGAGAGGCAGGAGAUGGUAGCCCUCAACGACCGCCUGGCAGCGUAUAUUGAAAAGGUGCGAAACCUGGAGUCAAAAAACAAGCUGCUGGAGGCUGAGAUUGAUGGUCUGAAGAGCCGCCAUAUGGGACCAUCAGGCCUCAGGCAGCUGUACGAGUCUCAGCUGAAGGAACUCAACAGGGACGCAGAGAGAAUGAGAAUCCAGAGGGAUAUGUCUUUGGCAGCCAAGGAGGCAAUGUUGGGCCAGUUGGACAUUCUGAAGGCCAAAUACAAUGAGGCUGUGGAUGCACGGCAAAAAGCAGAGUAUGAUAUUGAGAAUCUCCGUCCGGACGUGGAUAAAGCAACUUCAGCGCGGAUUGCGCUGGAGAAACAGGGUGAAAACCUGGAGAUUGAGCUGGCCUUCCUGCAGAGAGUUCAAAAGGAGGAAAUCGAGGAGCUGGUGCAAAAGAUCUUUUCAGCAACCAACAAGCUGGACCUGACCUUUGGCCUCCCGGACCUCUCCUCUGCUCUCCGACAGAUUCAGUCUCAGUAUGACAGCAUUGCUGCUAAAAACCUGCAGGAAAUGGACACUUGGUACAAGACAAAGUUUCAGGACCUGAGCAGCACCUCGACCAAACGCGUUCAAAGCACUCGUAGUAUGAGAGAGGAAAUCGCAGGUCAUAAGAAGGAUCUUCUCACCAAGGAACGUGAAUUGGAGGCACUGAAGACCAAGAAUGAGUAUUUGGAGGCUCAGAUUCGUGAUGCAGUGGAAAAGUACAAGAAGGAGGAGGAGAACUUGCAGGAGCGUAUAGAGGCAAUUAAACUGGAUCUGAAGGUGACCAAGGAGAAGAUCGCUCUGCUGAUGCGGGAAUACCAGGAACUGCUGAAUGUAAAGAUGGCUCUGGAAAUUGAGAUCACCACCUACAGGAAGCUGAUUGAGGGGGAAGACAGCCGUCUGGAAAGUAUGGCCAAAAACCUGUCCCUCACUGGAGGACUGCGUCUCACCUCCGGUGUUUGCAUGCACGCUGCCUCGGCCUCUGACAGCUCAGCCCCUGCAGCCACUUCGAAGCUAGACGGGGCCUCGACCAGCGGCGGGGCUGAGAAAGCUCCGGCUGCUGCCCGAGUGGAGGUUUCCUCAUCAGACAACCAGACAGACGGUUACUUUGAGGAGCAGUCAACCGAGACGUCUGAGAGGAAGACUGUCCUAAUCAGAACAGUUAAGACAGAUGAGGACACUUAUGAGAGCGACACACAAGAGUGCACCAUCACCAUUUCUGGAGCAGCGGACGACACAGAUGAAGAAUAGAUUGCUAAUCGACCCCAGAUCUCACUCAGCUACACUUGCUAACUAUAUGCUGUGAAAAAACAUUCUAUGUUAUUAUAUUAUUAGAGUUUCUUAGAAAAACCCAGAAUUCAAUAUUGAUUUGAAGAGAACUGUGUCAAGUCACUCUGCUCUGCCUGCUCCUAAUUCUCUGUAAACCUAACUCUGCUUUUCUGCUCAUUU